AUGAAGGAGUGGGUGUUGGGACAGGCAAAGAAGAUAGCUGGCCAAGAGGCGUGCACUAUCACCGAGUCGGGGCUACUGAAGACAACAAAUAAAGAAAUAAACGAAAACUUUUUCUUCGAUUACAGCAUUGCUAGACUCACGCAAAACCUGCGAAGCCUGGCACCUACUUUUUUCUCAAUAGCUGAUGCAUUCUCUACAACGUCUCGGCAGGAAAAGUCUCUUUCCAAGGGAUGGGCUGAGAAGAAAAACAUUUGUUUGAAAGUCCGGUUAGGUCCUGUUAUUGGGUGCCCAGGGGCUCUAACCGAGACCGAGACUGGGCUGGUUAUAACCGGUUAUUUAACGAUGGAGGGCUCGGCUAUCUUGACACUUCUCAAGGCAAGAAGUCAGAAGAAUAAUUAUGCACAGGCUAUUCACAGCACAUACCUCAUGGCCACAGGAGCACAAUGCCAGCAUUUUACAGUGUUCACCUCACUUGGAAUAGGUAUCAGCUACCCGAGUGUUAUAACACAACUACCGAAAGAGAACAAGGGGAUACUAGGUUGGAAAAAUGCCCAGGAGAAUGGAACUUGUGCAACCAUUAUACCUCUCCACAAUGCGACACUUGAGGGCCUCUCUACGGAACGUCUUGAUGAAGCUAUCAUGACUGCCCUGCCAUUGAUGCUCGAGGAUUUGGAGCUCAAUGAAGCGGAAUCAGAACUUAUGAAUCGCGCCCUUGUACACAUGAUCCUAUCAGUUAUCGUGAGGUAUGGUGGCAAGGGCUUUGAACAGUGGAAAGCUGACCUUGACAAAUCUUGCCCACAAAGCGCCGAAACGAUUGGCGUACACCAAACCUCACUGCAUCCCUUACCAGCCAUGGAAAUUGACAAGAACACAAUCACAGGAAAUGUGGAGGUCAUAGACACAAUUUUUACUGAGCUUCAUCUUGACCAGGGGCAUGAAGAUUUCACGAAGUACGUCAAGAUCAUUGCUGGCAAUCAGUUGACUAUUGCGAGACAGCGAUCAAUUCUGAAUUCAAAGAAACCCCAAGAAGUUCCCCUUCCACACAUUCCGAAAGGUGACAUGGUGUUCGAGAAUGCAAGUUUGUUUAUGUGUGAUGCUCUCCUCACACGACUCUUUUCGGAUGCAAUCAAAUCUGGCGACUCAGGCCUUAUUAUCUUGGUGCUCAAGCUUUGGUCCUUUGCAUACUGGGGAAGUGGACAGCUAAAAUAUGCACACGAAAUGCUGCACCUCCUUCACAAUCUCGUCAAUGUUUGGACAUCUCAACUUCGGACAGGCAGCACGCGAGAACAUGUGUCCUCCCACCUUGCGAAUGGAGCAUUCUUCCCCUCUCUUGACUUCGUUCUCACCAAGACUCUUAAGAUUUUAAGUAAUUUUACAUUCAACGCUCUUCCCCCUUCCGAACUUGUCGACUUCGGCUUUCGUUUGGACUCCUCAAGAAUAUUUCACGCAUGCAAGAACUGCACACGUAGUAGAGUGCUCGUCCACGUGUUCUCUCAUGCCAUCCGCGAACAUCUCAACUUCUGGAUUAAGAAAGUAUACAAGGCCAACGGUGAUGGUCAUUCAUGGGAGUGGCUUUCUCUCAUUUCUCCGUGUAUUGAUGUCUUGUGGCGACUUGCGAAGAAGAUUCACAGUGAAUUAGGUUCUCAGCUGGGAUCAAAGCACACAAUUCCCAACCUACAUAAGGACAUUCAAACCCUGAUGGAUGCUCUGAAUGAGCAUGAAGUCUACGUUGUGAAAGAAGGCAGGGUUUUGGAUGCAAACAAUACCCCCGUGCCCAAUGUCAUCUCAACUGGGUUAGCGGCACUCGCUCAUGGGAACGCAACCAACCCACUGGCUGAAUUCAAUGCUCAGUACAACAGCCUUCGCGAGCGCCGUAAACUCGUGCCUAUUUCUGAUCUAUGCCCAAUAUCUGCCAACAUGUGUCACCCUGAAUCCUCGACAGCUGUCCCCAUCCCUGCGAUCACUGAACAAAUACCAGCCAACGAAACAGGUUUGGAAGACGAAUACGAUGGCUUACCCAAGUUGGCGAUAACUUCAGACUCAGAGGAUGAGGAAGAUCGCGAAGAUCCUUAUGACGAGGAUUUGUUUGCUGAUUCACCAACCCUUACGCGACUAGAGGAAGAGGAUGUGGUGUUAGAGUUGGAUGAUUUGGUGUUGGAUGACUCUGGGAUGGAUUGGGAUAGCGACGAGCAAGGAGACAGUGAUGAGGACUUGGACUGA